GCAUCUACCUGUCAGUUGUGUUUUUGUGAUUUUUCGCACUUGCGUUUGAACUGUCAAGGAAACAUAUGUAGUUAUUUCUUCUUUGCAUUACGACGACAAUUCUAAUGUUAUACGAAAAUCGCAAAUGUGAAUCAGACAUGGGUACCGAUAAUACCGUGAACUUCGGUGGCUGUUCAAAGGCAAAAAAGGCGAAACCAUCAGAAAAUGGCAAAGACAUAUACAUUCCUUGCUGGGACCAUUUACCAGCUGUGGUAAUGCACGAUAUUUUUGAUUUAUUAAGCAAGGAAGACAGAAAAAACGCGUCCACAGUGUGCAAAAAUUGGCGACACAAUAUAUUUCAUCCAAAAUGGUGGCCGGAAAUAACGUUCAAAAUCGAACAAAACGAAAUGCUAAAAGCGCAAUUCUACACAAACACAUUCGGACACAUCGUGUCCGAUGCAACGAUCCGAAUCAGCUCUUUGUCGCCCGCGUGCGUAAGGGAGUUCGUCGUUUUAUUACAAACCCUAAGCGAAAACAACAACCUGAAAAGUAUCGCCAUCGAACCUUCCCACUGCAGACUAGAGGUUCCCAUCAAGAGAAUCGAAGAAAGUAACGAAAACGAUUUAUUGGACGUCGUAAACGCCCUUCUGGCUUGUUUGCCGAAGUUAAGUAAGUUCAGCAUCGGCUGUUUAGAGGAUCUCUCGUAUAUUUUGAGCGAUAUUUUGAAAAAACUGGAUCCUGCGAAAGUGACCCAUUUGUGUUUGGCUAGUGUUAAAGAUGACCCAAUAAAAUAUCAACAGAUUUAUUUGGAUCCAAAACUGUUGAUACCGUUUGAGAAAUUAAAGGUUCUCAGCGUGGACUACGACCACGUUUCGGACGCGUUUUUGGGCACGCUGGACAAGUGCCGCAAGCUGCAACGUCUCGUAGUCCAUCUGCACAGCGUGCGUCCUGCACACCCCGGCACCACCAACGCCGCCUGGCAGCGCUUCAGCGAACUUCACCCCGGCUGCGAGAUGCGUCUCACUAUCAUCCACGCCUUCGACGACAUCGACAACCUGCACAACCUGGUGCUGCGCAGGAGCAUGCCGCUCUCUCAUAUCAAGGUGUUCUUCUGCGAGAGCGUGAACCUACACGUUCUGGAGUCCCUCUCGUCCUACUACCCGGAAACGCUGCGCAGCGUGAUGUGGAUCGACUCGCUGAGCGACAACAAGGGCAGCUGGAAGUUCGCGGAGCCGCAGUACGACCAAAGUCCCGACCCGUUCGUUCUGAUGGCGUGGCUGUGCAAGCGCCUCGAGGAGGUCGUGCUCUACGGCUACAAGUACUGCGAGCUGAACCUCAUGGCGAUCGGGCGUUUGCGCGGCUCCGAACUCAAGAACCUCGAGAUCGCCGAAGACGACAUCCUGUUCAGCGAUAACGUCAACACCAGCUUUUUAAUUGAUAUUCCGAAAAACAUGGGUAAACCAUGGAAGCCAGUGAAGAGCAGCGAGCUUCAUCCAGUCAUCUGCAACCCAGUGGCUGGAGAUUCUGAUGAGUAUUUGUUGCCAAUAGUUUUAGCAGAUAUUCAAUAAUAAUUUAAGUACCAACCCCCCUUAGAAAAACCUCAUAUGUUGUAACCCCCCUUAAACUUAUAUACCCCCUUAAAUCAUCCAUUCUGAUUGCUUUAGUUACAUCAUUCAAAUGAUUUUAUUUUACCGUGCGACGUAAAGAUGUAACAAUGUAGGGCCCAAAUCUUAUGGAACACCAAUUCUAUUAUUACUAAUAGUUUCCACAAAAGAAAACCUUGUAUUCUAUUGUCUAUAAUUUUAUUAUUUUAAUAUGCGGAGAAGGCAUCUGCACUUCCUCUUAUAUCUCAAACGAUUACUUAAGUAUUUAAGUCGAUAGAUGGCGCCCGCUACUUUUGAUUUUUUCAUGGAUUACCUAUAAGACGAGAUUUAAACACCAAAAACGACCAUGGAGACUUUAAACUGACGGGCGCCUUUACUUUGCCAUCCAAGCAAAUUUUAAUAUACAUGACGUGCGAAGUAAGAUCUUCUUAAUGAAAAAUUAGUUCAUAACGCACACUAAGUUGUGUUUUUCGAUAUUAGGUUAUUUCUUUUUAUUAACCAAUUUAUCAAGUUAAUUCUUUCAUAUAUUGUG